AAACUUUUCGCUAACUUUCCCUCACACAAUGCCCAAAAAGAAGGAGAAGAAAAGCGGCGACAAACGGAAUGAAAACAGCAAAACACCAAAAAAGGAGAGUUCGCCGACUUCUGCUAAUAAAACCAAUCCUGACGACAAUGAGAAGGAUAUUUAUCUGACCCAAAUAAGACAUUUAAACGAGGAACUGGACAGAUAUCAGCUGAAAUGUGAUGAACUCGAGAGGCAGAACAACGAUUUAAUCUCCCAGUACAGCACUUUGGAAUCUGAAAAGAAGGACAUCACUGAGUACUUGAAACGCUCCCUGUUGGAGAAAGAGGAAGAGGUGGAUGAGCUGUCGGAGCGUCUGGACCGUCAGCAGCGAGCUGCUGAUCAGGACAGAGCUGUCCUGCAGCUGCAGCACAGCCGGCUGAGCAAAGAGCUGCAGGACCACAUUGACGACCUUGUGGAGAAAAACACGACUCUUGAGAAAAGACUUGCUGGUUUGGAGGAGUUUCAGAAGCAGAGGGAGGCAUUGAUGUCCAAAAUGGAGUUUCUGGAGAAGCAGCUAGCUCAUCAGGAGAAGGAGCACAAAGAUGAGAUUCACUGCCUGGAGAUGAAAGCGCUGCUGGAAAAAAGAAGAUUAGAGAAGGAGAUAGAGCAGCAGGUGGAGGCCAUGGAAGCUGAAGUGCAGCACCUGGUGGACCAGAAGCUUCCUGAGACGAGCAGGUUGGUUCUGCAGGAGAACGUGGAGGUAAAGGCUUGUUUCAGCCAGCUGUCGCAGCGAACUCAGGCCCUGAUGGAGGAGAACGCUACCCUGCAGCAGCUCAAGGGGCAGCUCAGCGUGGACGUGGAUAUCCUGGAGCAAAUGCUGCGGGAAACUUCACGCAUGAACUGCAUCCAGAAGAAGACGGUGCAGCAGCUCACAGAGAAGUGUCAGCAGCUGCAGACUGAGCAGAAAGACUGGCGGCAGCAACUCCAGCAGCUUCAAACCGAACACACAGGAGUCCUGACUGAGAUGGAGACCCUCAGACAGGACCAGGCCUCGCUGUCUGAACAGUGCAGCAAAAUCAGAGAAAAGAUGAGCCAGCUGAAGGCGGAGCUACAGGAAGAGAGGAGGAAGAGGAGCAGGAUGAAGUGCAUCAUGCAGGAAGCUGGAGUCACUCUCAGACAAGCUCUGGUGGAAGAACCAACAGAGCAGGACUCGGGGGUGAACUCUGUCACCCAGUGGAAGAAGCUGAUGAAGAAAGCGUUGAUGGUUUUGGACAGACAUGCAGUCCCCACUUCUGCUACAAAAGACAGCAGACCAAACGAGCCAUGGGCCUCCGAUGCUGCUGCAGAAGCACGAGAUACUCUGGAUACAGAUCUGAGUUUAGGGUUCCAGGUGACCCACCGCAGGCACAGCAACCUCAGCUUUGUGCCCCGCCCCUUUCCAAAACACAAAAACACACCUUCCAGAAUGGGAGCCGGGGCCAACUCCUCCAUGGUGCCUCUGUACAGGAAACCCGUCGGUCCGAAGACGCUCAGCUCUGUGAGCUUGACUCAAUCAGCUGUGGGAUUUUCCACGUCCAAACACUCUGUCAGCAGACUCAAAUGACCACAACAAAACAAGAGACUUUGUUAGAGGAAAAAACUAUUUUUCUAUAGAUCUUUAUAAUUAAUGGCUCUCUGUAACUUUCCAGUCGUAAGCUGGAAUUUAUUUGUAUUUUGUAUUAUACCGGUAAACGUCUGUAAAGUCAUUUAAAAUAAUGGAUCUUGUUUUCAAAGUUCCUAAUCUGAAACUAACAUUUUGGGACACAUUCUGUUUCCUCCUUUUUUUUUUUUAUUCACUGCUGUCGGGAAAAAACCUCCUACGUCCAAAAUUCGUGAUUUUUGUUUUCCUUCAUAAAUCUGUACUAUUGGUCUCCCUUUAUGUCUGUCUGUUG